AGUUAGUCUGUGACAGUUAUCGCUCUGAUUCGGUAUGCCUUGGGUGAGCUCUUGUUACCCUCAACAUCGCUAAACUGGGUUACUAAUCUAUCGCGUGCGCGAGUUUAGUGACUAGUGUUAGUCUCUUGACAACAAGUGGAUAAGUAUUUAAGUAUUAAUAUUGUGAUAAUAUUAUAUGAUUUGAAUGUGUGAAGUCUGCGCAUGCGCACACCGGUUUGUGAGUAGUCAAGUUGACAAGUGUUUGAUUAAAACAAAUAAAAUCGAUUAGCAAAGUUAGUAGGUCUCCAAGUCGCGGACUAGAGACGUGUUUCAAUCGUCGCGCUUAUCCGAUCGUUUGCAAAUAGCGUGUUUAUUUACUGGUUUACCCUCAAUUCCUCCAGCAAAUUGUUUUCAUUCUAAACAAAAUGGUACAAAGUGUAACCCCUCAAGAUGCCGCCACGGUAAACAAAUUUCAGGGACCAAAUGCCUACACGUUCAGUGACUGCUUGACAUUAACAAAGAUUGGAAAAUUUAAUUAUUUUUUAAUAUUCAUCUCCGGCAUGGUGAUGGCCACGCUGUUGCUGGAAACCUCCUCAAUGGGAUUUAUUUUACCGAUUGCACAAUGUGAUCUGCAAUUGACGAAUGUGGAUAAGGGUGUACUUAGCGCAAUCAGUUUUCUGGGUAUAAUAACGAGUUCUCAUUUGUGGGGAUUUUUGGCAGAUACGAAGGGUCGUCGCAAAGUGAUGAGACCUACACUGUUGGCCACAUUUACGAUUACAAUACUCUCAAGUUUCGCAAUCAAUUAUUGGGUUAUGGUUUUACUACGUUUCUUUAAUGGAUUUUUUUUGGCUAGCACUGCAACAAUCUACGCAUACCUCGGUGAAUUCCACACAGAUAAAACACGCUCACGAGCUAUUAUGGGAUCAGCAUUUAUAUUCGCUCUUGGCGCAAUGAUUUUACCAAUGAUCGCUUUUCUAGUCAUCAAUCGAGAUUGGGUUCUGCCUUUAACAUUCCUGGGCAUAGAUUACAAGCCCUGGCGUCUGUUUAUAAUCGUAUGUGGCAUACCGGGAUUUCUUUGUGGAUUGUCACUUUUUGUAUUACCCGAAAGUCCAAAAUUUCUGCUUGCCAUUGGAGAGGAGAGCAAAGCUAUUGAAGUAUUGCAAAAAAUGCAUCGCUGGAAUGGUGGAAAGGAAGAGCUCAUUAUUACACAUAUUCUGCCGGAGGAUGACUCAGCAGUCUCAACAAUGAAAUUUAACAAUAACUUCGAUUCCAAUUCGAAUUUCGCACUAAUAUUUUUGCAAACGAUGUGGAACCAAACAGCACCACUGUUCCAACGGAAGUAUUUACGAAUCACAAUGAUAAUUUGCCAUAUACAAUUUUGGUUGUUUGUCGUCACCAAUGGCCUGUAUAUGUGGUUCCCGCAAACAAUUAAUAGUGUGGCGGCAUUCAUGCACGAACACCCAGGCGACCACAAACAAAUUUGUGAGAUUGUCUACGACCACCAAGAAAGCUUAUACAAUGCUGAUGGAACCAUCGCGUGCAUCGACAAGCUGGAAGACUCUACAUAUUAUUAUUCUUUCAUCAUGGAAAUAUUGUAUGCCAGCUCAUUCGCAUUUAUUGGCUUUGUCAUAAACCGUGUGGGAAAAAUAUUAAUACUUUUUAUUACGUUAAUAUUCUUCACAUCGUGCGGCAUAGUAUCGGUCUUCAUAGUCGAUCCAGCUAUAGCCGCCUACCUCUAUGUGCUCUUCUUCCUGGUAGGCGUGGCGAUCUAUGUGCUCAGUGCUGUUACAGUCGACUUGUACCCCACACACAUGCGCGCUAUGGCGGGUUGUAUUUCACUUAUGGUGGGCCGUUUGGGCAGUGUUGUCGGCGCUAAUAUAGCCGGCGCCCUGAUGAGUCAUUACUGUGAAUGGAACUUCUACAUCUGCUGCGGCGCUAUGUAUAUAUGCGCCUUUCUCGCACUCCUGCUGCCACGUAAGAGCCCCGAUGUGGCGAUCAAAAGUGAAUCGUGAUUGUUGGAUUAUAAUUUCUUAGUUUUUAGCGUGAUUUUAGUUAGACGUAUCUAGUACAGAAAUCAGUACAAGUAUAUGCGCAUAGAUUUAAACGAAUAUAUGUAUGUAUUAUUUAUUUCAUAGCUUAGUAACUUAAGUCAAGCAAAACGAUUAACCCAUAACCAUUUAACUAGAGUUUUGUAAUAGUGAUAUUAAAAUUUGAUCUGAAUAUAAGUUAAAUGAUUUAUAGCAUAGGUUAAAUAGACAUAGGUUUUUAUAACAAAUAAGGAUUUUUUGAUAUACGAUUAUAUUGAUUUAAA